CUCGUUUUUUUUCCUCUGUGUUGCCCUAAGUCUCCGAGCUAGAUUGCUGAAGAGGAAUCAUCAUCGGGUAGACGGAGAACCUCGGAGAGAGGAAACGCCGAUCGAAAUUCUGGAAACCCUAAUUUCUCAUGAAGCGCAUGCCCUUUUCGAAGAUUAGGUUUCUGGGGUUCGAAUCAUCGGGUUUUGCGAAUUCGGUCUGACGAAUCUCAGGUUAGUCUCUGUUAUGCGUUUUCUCGAUCGUCUCCAUCGCAGUGUCCCGAUACUAUUUGUCCGACCCUAGUUUAGAGGAAGGGAAUCUUCGGUGAAAGGCUGGUUUUCCGAAAACCAUUUGAUCAGCAGCUGUAUGCGAAUUUGUAAGGUUGUUGAAUUUCGUCAUGAGAUCAUUGUCUGGGGUGAGAAAAUAUCAGAGUAGUUUAAGUUCUUCGCCUCGGAAGAGGAGUAAAAAGCUCGCUGCAAUAUGUGAAGAGGAGUAUAACAGAAACCAUGGAGAAGACAAGGACGGAGAUGGUGGCGCUGGUUCUGCUUGUGUAGACUCUGAACUUCUGAGACGGAGCUCUCGAUUGCGGCGGGCACCAGUUAUCCUGGAUGCUUCUCCGCCUCCUGCAAAGAGAAGGCGGUCGGCUGGUAAGAAUGACAAUAGGAUUACAAAGAGUAGUUUAGGGAGAGGAGCGAAGGAGGAGAGUGGUGAUUUGGAUACUCCUGGCGUUUGGAAAUCCAGAUUGAGAUCAAGGGGUAUGAACAGUGGUUUCAAAGGGAGGGGGAGGCGGAAAAGUGUGGUAAAUGGCAAAAGGAAGCUCUUUGAUGAACAAGAUGGCUUUGAGGUGGGAAGAAAAACAGUGGAAAGAAAAAUGGGGAGAAAAAGUGGAGCAAGUAAUGGUCGGAAGCCGAUGAAAGCAGAAAUACCGGUGAAGGUGAAACAACCCGAAAGUUCAGAAGAUAGUGCAGAACAGUCAGACACCAGUAGUGCUGAAGAUGAGAGUCUCAGCAAUUCUGAGGAGCACACAGAUGAUGAAAGUGAAGCUAGAGAGGACUCGGAGGAGGAUAAGAAGGAAAACAAUACCACAAGAGCGGCUGUUUCAGAGAGUGAGACUGAAGCUGAAGAUGAACAAUUGAAGACUGAGAGCGAGGAUGGAAGUGGAACUGAGGGGACAGAAAAUGAGACUGAAGAUAGAGAUGAGGGAAGUGAAGGUGAGACUGAGGGUAGUGCAGGAGGGACAGGAUAUGAACUUCAGGAGAUUAUGGAUGACACAGGACCCGAGACUAAGACUGUACCGGAUGCUUUGGAAAAUGAGGGUGGGGUUAAAAUGGAGGGAAUGGAAAACGAGACAGACACUGUAUUUGAGGAUAUGCAGAAUGAGGAGGUGAGUGUAAAAGCUUGUGAAAGUACAAAUGGAAUAUCAAAUGGUAAGCUAGAGGAGGAUAGCAGUUUUGUUGAUAAAGUUCAGAAUGAAAAAGGAGAUAUAUUAAAUCCUGAACUACAACAGGAAGUUUUUAUGGAAAGUAAUGAGAAAGGGGAACAGAACGAAGAAAAAGAUGAGCUUUUGGAUUGUCAUAAAGAAUAUGAAACUGAAAACCAAGAGGGAUUCAUUCAUGCCCCUAAGAGAUCUGCCAAUAAGAUGGGAGAUGAUAUUAACUCUCAUGGUAAAAGGGGUGAAGAUUUGAACAUGCACAAGGAAUUGCCUAUUGAGAAUGAGGCUGCCAACAAGGCAGUUGAUUCAGUUCGCAAUUCGUCAGAGAGAGUCGGUAAACCUCGUUUCAAACUAGGUAGACGUAAGCCUCGUUUCAAACAAGGUAGACGGUGUGGUUUAUGUGGAGUUGGUACUGAUGGCAAACCGCCAAAGAAGUUGAGACAUAAUAGUGGUGACAGUGACAUUGACGCAGAUAGUGGGUCCUCAACUUCAGAGGAUUCAAACUAUGACAUAUGGGAUGGUUUUGGUGAGGAUCCUGGUUGGCUUGGCCGUCUUUUGGGCCCUAUAAUUGAUCGUUAUGGAAUUGCUGGAACUUGGGUUCAUCUGCAUUGUGCUGUUUGGAGUCCUGAGGUUUAUUUUGCUGGUUUAGGACGCUUAAAAAAUGUAAGGGCUGCACUUUGUAGAGGAAGGUCAUUAAAGUGCACUCGGUGUGGAAGACCUGGGGCAACUAUUGGUUGCCGUGUUGACAGAUGUCCUAGAACCUAUCACUUGCCCUGUGCACGAGCUAAUGGUUGCAUCUUUGAUCAUCGAAAAUUUCUUAUUGCUUGCACGGACCAUAGAUAUCUUUUUCAACCUCAUGGUCGCCAAUGUCGAGUCAGGAUGAAGAGGAUGAAAGCCAAGAGGAUGAGAUUGGAAAUGAGGAAGCGUUCAAAUGAUGCCCGCCGGAAAGAUGUGGAAGCAGAGGAAAAGUGGUUUGAGAAAUGCGGUGAAGAUGAAGAAUUUUUGAAACGUGAAAGCAAGAGGUUGCACCGAGAUCUAUUGAGAGUUGCUCCUGUGUAUAUAGGAGGCUCAGAUUCUGAGAAUGGAAAGGUAUUUGAGGGAUGGGACUCUGUUGCUGGGCUUGAGGCUGUUAUUCAAUGUAUGAAGGAAGUUGUUAUUUUACCGUUAUUAUAUCCAGAAUUCUUUGAUAAUUUUGGACUCCCACCUCCAAGAGGCAUCCUCUUGCAUGGACAUCCUGGAACUGGAAAAACUCUUGUUGUGCGGGCUCUGAUUGGUUCUUUGGCUCGAGGGGAUAAGCGGAUUGCUUACUUUGCCCGCAAAGGGGCAGACUGUCUGGGAAAAUAUGUCGGUGAUGCUGAGCGCCAGCUUAGACUCUUAUUUCAGGUCGCUGAAAAAUGCCAACCAUCCAUCAUAUUUUUUGAUGAAAUAGAUGGUCUGGCUCCCAGGCGGACAAGACAGCAAGAUCAAACUCAUAGUUCAGUUGUAUCCACACUGCUUGCCUUACUAGAUGGCUUAAAAUCCCGUGGUUCAGUAGUGGUCAUAGGUGCAACAAAUUGUCCUGAUGCUAUUGACCCAGCAUUAAGGAGGCCUGGCAGGUUUGAUAGGGAGAUUUAUUUUCCACUGCCGUCAUUGGAAGACAGAGCAUCCAUCAUCUCACUCCAUACUAAGAAGUGGCCAAAGCCCGUGUCCGGAUAUUUGCUGAAGUGGAUUGCUAAAGAAACUGCCGGUUUUGCUGGUGCUGAUUUACAAGCACUCUGCACGCAAGCCGUCAUGAUUGCACUAAAGAGGAAUUUCCCUUUGCAAGAAUUUAUGACUACUGCUCAGUUGAAUAUUCCUGGUGCCAAUCGCGUUACUCUUCCGGACUUCUCGGUUGAAGAAAGAGAUUGGCUGGAAGCUUUAUCUGGUUCUCCACCCCCAUGUUCACGUAGAGGAGCAGGAAUAGCAGCAUCUGAUAUAUUUUCUUCUCCACUUCCAGUCUAUUUAGUUCCUUCUCUAUUGCGCCCAUUAUGUUCUUUGCUUGUUGCCUUUCAUCUUGAAGAACGCAUUUCGUUGCCUCCUGUCCUCUCAAAAGUUGCAGCAGAUGUCCAAAAUGUGAUCCUUUCUGCUCUGAGAAACAAAAAAAUAGAUGACAGUUGCUGGUGGGCUCAUGUUGGAACCCUUCUUCUGGAGGGAAAUGUUGUAAAAAAUAUGGCGAGAAACCUUUCAUGUGCUGGUAUACUGAACGGUGGGUUUGAUAUGGAUGGAUCUACUGGUGGUGGUGACUGUGAUUCAGAGUUUGCACAAUCCAUGAUACACAGAGUCUAUCCACAUCCUAGGCUUGUGGGGAAUGUCUCUUUUGAACCCGGAAGCAAGUCAGGGUUCCAGGUGCUUAUUUCCGGAGGCCCUAAAUCAGGUCAACGUCAUCUGGCUUCUUGUAUUUUGCACUGUUUUAUUGGAAAUGUAGAAGUACACAAGAUUGAUAUGGCCACAAUUUCGCAAGAAGGGAACGGCGAUCUGGUUCAGGGCUUAACACACUUAUUAAUUAAAGGUGCUAGCCGGAAAUCAUGUGUGUUAUUUAUGCCAAGAAUUGACCUGUGGGCUACAGAAGCACCAACCCCACUAGAAGAGGAUGAUUGUCAAGAGGUGGAUUAUAAGGAUGAUUCUGGAAAGGGAAAUUCUUCUGUUUCUUGUGAUAUUCCGAAGCAAGAUCAGUAUCUUGGGUUGCAAUGUGAAACAGAAAAGACAAUGGAGUUGCAGGGCGCUAUUCAAGUUUCACGUGUUUGGAAUACAUUUAUUGAGCAAGUAGAAUCAUUACGUGUUUCUACGACAAUGAUGAUACUGGCUACUUCUGGAGUUCCCUACGAUUUUCUGCCUGAUAAGAUAAGACAGUUCUUUAAGACUGACCUAUCAAAGGGUUAUCUGCCAACAUCAUCUGAGGCUGUUCCGCAGUUCACAGUGCAAGUUGUUGAAAAUUUUGACCGUGACAUGGCAAUUAAUUUGUCCGCAACAGAGUUGUCAAGGCAGGCAAUCCAACUGUUUGUUCACUUGAUCCAUCAAAAAGCUCAUACUCAUGACAAUAUAGCCAAAGAAUGCAGAAUGGAGGAUUCUGUCGAAUGCAGUAGAGAUGCAGCAAAUCAGAAUGAUACCGGUCAUAGCACGGGGGGAGAAACAGAGCAUAACUCAAAACUUGCUGAUGAUUUUUCAAUGAGAAUGUCUCCAUUACCCAUCAGCAGAAAUGUGAAAGAAAAAUCAAGCCUGCAGUUAGCUGUCUCGACAUUUGGAUAUCAAAUUCUGCGAUAUCCUCAUUUUGCUGAGCUUUGUUGGGUUACAUCAAAGCUUAAGGAAGGACCAGGUGCAGAUGCUUCUGGGCCCUGGAGGGGAUGGCCAUUCAAUUCUUGUAUCAUUCGUCCUUCUAACUCCUCUGAACAGGCUGUUACUGCUUCUGUCUCCAGCAACAUUAAAGGCAAAGAAUCAUCUGGAAUUGUCCGAGGCCUUAUUGCUGUUGGCUUGUCUGCAUACAGAGGAACUUACAAGUCACUGAGGGAAGUCUCUUUUGACGUGCGAAAGGUGUUCGAGCUCUUAGUUGGGCGGAUAAAUGAAAAAGUUAAUUCUGGGAAAGAUAGAAAUCGUUAUGUUCGAAUUUUGUCUCAAGUGGCUUACCUGGAGGAUGUAAUUAAUAGUUGGGCAUAUAUGAUGAGAAGUUUCGAGUCUGUACAAACAGAAUUGACAAAUCCAGUGCCUCCUGCGGUGGGCAAUCCAUCAGGGCAGAAUGAGCAAGCCGAGGAAGGAGUAUCUUGUCGUAGCUGUCCUUGUUCAAAAAGGUUAGAAGAAAAUUCUAAUGGAAGUACUCAGAACAUUGAUCAUCCAAAUCAAAGCAACAACAUCGGUAAUUUGGAUCCAAGUGGAGUUACGGGUAUAAAAGAAUGUUCAGCAACAGAGAGUGUUCUCUUUGUUUCCCCUGUAGAGUCUAACAAUCCUACUGAUAAUCGUCAGUUGCAGCGUCUCGUUGAGACAAUCGAUGGUCAUACUGGAAAAAAUCCUGAACCAUACGGAUUCGAAAAUGCUGGAAAUUUUGCAACCUACGGUACUGAUGGCUCAAAUCUGAAUAACGGAAAUGGUGACAUGGUUACUAGUCUUGGGAAGGCUGUUGCAGAAUCAGGAGUGAGCUCCAGUCGGCAAGCUGUUCUCCUUGAUCUUAACUGCCCUGCAUCUGACCAUGAACAGAACGGAAAUCAUCACGGGUCAUGUGACAUGGAAACUACAGGAAUUGCCGCAGCUCCUGAGGGAAAAGCUAAUUCCCAGUAUGAUCCUAUUGGAACUCUCAAAUCGAACUCUCUUGUCCAGAAAAAUUCUCACAAUGCAGCUGACUCAAGCAAUUCUAAGCUUUCAGAGUGCUGUGAAGCUACUGAUGGAAUUAAUUGCUUAAAAUCUGUAAACAACAAUCCUGAACAUGUAAACCAAGUUGAAGAUCUCAACUUGCCUUCAAGUGCAAGGUCGGGUCCUGAAGGUGACACUAGUUUGGUGUGCUUAUAUCGUUGCUGCUCUCGCUGUUUCUCCCUCCUCCAAGAUUUGAUGUUUAAACUAGUCACUCAGGAAUUGGGUUUGGGAAGGGAUUGUGUUACUACGGAGUGUUUACAUGAUGCGGUUGCUUCACUAUCUGUGGAGCUUACUGCAGCAGUUAGGAAAUUUAUGCUCGCGAAGAACAUUGGAACUAGAGAGGAUGCAAAGGUUGAAUAUGAAAAUGGUGGAUGCCCUGAAAGGAAAGCAUGCCCUUGCAAACCAAGCGAUGUCGUCACUGCUGUGGAAUGUUGCUGCCACUCUGCCGAAGGGAGCAUAGAUGAAGCAAAUACCUCUGAGAGUCCGAAAUCUUGGUUUGAUCCAGUAUUCCUUUUCAGAGAUGGAAUAUUGGUUCCUAUAGAUACUGAAAAAGACCGUACUAGCCACUGUAGAUAUGAUAAUUUCUGCCUUUGCUCUCUCAUAGAAUCAUUAGUAACUAGGAAUAGGAUGAAGCAUUUUCGUUGAUUAGUUUAAUCUUUUGUUGGUCAAAUCAUCUGGGCAUGCCAGUGAUUUGUUCUUACACCUGAUACUUCCAGCAAAGAGGUAUGAAAAAGCAGAGUUUUGUCGGCAUUUUUCUUGCUCUAUGGUGUGUUCUUACCCGAUAGGGAGUAUUCGUCGGUGAAUCUGUCUGGCGACAUUGACCGGCCCUUGUAGGGAUAUGCUAUGUUUUCUUGUUACCCUCCCGUCAGCACCAUUGAAGAUUGAACUUUUGCCUCCUGGACGUCCAAGACCAAUAGUUCAUUCCAGAUGAUGGAAUGAAGACGUUUCCCUCAACUUGGUGGGGUUGUUCAUCAGAGAUGGGAAUGGUAACAGCAGACAGCGGUCUCGUCUCUUAUAGGAAGGUCUGUCUAAAGAUGAUCUCACGUAAAUGCAUCAAUUUACAAAUUGUUAAAUAAAUACCUCAAUUUAUGUCACGGAAAUACACCAUAAAUUGAUGCUGUUUAUGAUUGAUGACA